AUGGAACAGAAUCAACCAACAACGAAUCAUCAAGCACACCAAGACGAUUCUUCAUCAUCGACUCAUCAACAACAUUUGAACCACAACGGUAUUUCAUAUCGGAACAGCCUUCUACAACAACCAACCGCAUACCCCCAACCAUCACUGAUAAACAAUGGACAAUUUUAUCAUCCUUUGCACCCUCCUACUACGAUGAUGCAGCAACAACAAGGCUUUUCUUCUUUCAAUAAUUUUAAUCUUCCAAUUCCCUAUCCUCUUCAACCACCCGUGAUGUUGUAUCCAUACAAUUCCAACACAUCCAAUUACCCACCUACAUCGGGUUUGAUGGGUUCUCAUCCUCAUCAUCAGCUCUUCUUUCCUCCAAAUCCUUUCAACCAAAUUCCUCAAAAUGUACCACAGCCAAAUCCCCAACAACAACCACAACUGGCUCUUUCCAAACCACUUUCCAACAACACACUAGAAGAAGAAAAUAAUUUGAUGCACUCUACAUUGCAGCAAAAGACUAUUCUUUCAGCCUCGGAGCAGCUCAUUGUGGAGUCCAUCAAAUUAUAUCAACUGCAAAAUCAACUCUAUUUGAAUCAAGUAUCACAUGCAAAAGACUAUGAAUACCAUCUCUUGAAAGUAUCAAAUGAUUUAGAGAAUAUUAAAUCACUCCAUGAAGAAAUGAAGGAACUGAAAGAAGAAAUUGCAAAAUUAACUCGAAAGAAAAACAAAUUAUUGAAAAAGACCAACCUUGUGGAUGAAGAAACGAAAAUGGAUGAAGAAAAUGAUCAACAGGAAAGUUUAGAAGAUGCCCAAUUAGAUGAAAAGGUAACGAAAUUGUUAAACGGUAAUUACGAAGCUAUGAAGACCACUCGACACUAUGGACUUGCUUUUCAAAAUUCUUCGUUUUUGCUGAACUCGGGCCAAAACAGUAACAAUAUUCCAAUCAUUUAUAAUUCCAUGCAAGGAGUAACUGCCACCACUAACAACCAUCAACAACCUUUGACUGAUGCAAACGUAAUCAUGAAUGAUCGUGUCAGAUCUCCUCCUGUUGCAGCCACCACCACUUCGUUGCCAUCAUCAGUACGUACCGAUCCACCUCCUCAAAUCUCCUCAAUUUUAUCAAACUCCAACAUUGCCACUACAACUAAUGUCCAUAAUAAUAAUAACAAUCAUAAUACAACUGAAACUACAGCCUCAACUCAUGAUGAACCAUUAAGAAAUGGAGAUUCACAUCAUGAUUCACCAGCAAUAAGCAUUACAAACUCGAGCUUACGAUUUACAAGCAGUACUACUCAUCAUCAUGGUACUGUGGAAUCCAUCGCAACAACAACAAAUUCUGUGUUAGAAAAGAGGUCUAGGACAAAUGACACAUCAUCUUCAGUACUCAAGAAAAAGAAAGUAAUAGAAGAAAUUGUAGAGGUUGAGGAUCAAAAUGAUUCCUAUGAAACAAAGUUUCCUCUGUUUGCCAAUCAUGGCCCAAAGAAGCUUAAACCAUUUAAGAGUCCUUCUAAAAAGAUUCAAAUACCUAUCAUAUUACAAUCUCAAUAUAUUAAGGAUGAUGAUACUCGUCAUCCUUCGAAGGAGGAAGUCUUUGAAGAUGCAACUUUAAAGAAACACACUUCAUCAACGACAAAAAAAGAUGUUAUUCAAAUGAAAAAGAAGCAAGAAAUUGAAAAGCAAAAGAAACAACACUUGAAAAAUCGAUACAAAGAUGAAGAGUAUUUAGUGUUGCCAAAACCCACACAACCACUUUCUGUUCAUCGAGAAGAAGAAGAACAUCAAGAGAAUGAACAAGACAUUACGAUUGAAAAAUCACCCACCCUCCAUCGACCACCAUUGGUUGUGGAUUUAGUAGAGGAUGGAGGACAUUCUCUAGUUGGAGAUGACAUUUUGUACAUGUCUCUAGGACUUGGAGGUAAUAAGAAAAUGAAACAAGAAGAAAAAGAACAACAACCAAAUACAACUGUUCCAUCUCCUUCAUUGAACAAUAGAGUUCAUGCCUCAAACUCUGCAUCAAAGGUUGGAGCUUCUUCUUCACCUCCAAAUUAUACAAAUUUAACAACCAUGAGAGUUCAUUCCAACAAACCAACUUGUACAAGCAGCAGUCAUGAAAAGAACACACCAACUGGAUCCAAGCAAGCAAUUGCUUCUCCUCUAAUGACAUCUUCUCACCUCAAUAGUGAAGACGAAGAAGAAUAUUCAAAAUAUUUCAAAUCUCCAAAACACAAAAAGAGACAUGCAACACCAGGACAUGAUUGUGAAGAAUGUCGAGCAUUCUAUGAUGCUGCUUUUCCCAAUGAUGAGAAACGAAAAAAUAGAAUUAUCAGAGAAUGUGCCAGACAUAAGAAUACUACAAGUAGUCACCAUCAUCAUCACCACCACCAUCACCACUCGACACACAAAUCAUCAACAAUAUGGACAACAACCACACCAACAGAUUCUUCAGGGAGCUUUUCUUCAAAAUCUCUUUCCAAACAACCACCAUCAUCACUUCCAUUCAAUACAUCUCCUCCGUUGUUAGUUUCCACUGCUCCACCAACACCACCUCAUUAUUGGGAUUUAAAUAGUAUUGAAGAAACUCAAGAGAGUCAUUCAAAAGAGAGUGAAUUGGCAAAGGACACAACAAAAGCACUCCCAUCCACCAAUCAUCGCAUAGAAGAGGACGAGGAGGAAGCGUUUUCAAAAGCUACUAAUUCGCCACAUAUUACGCAAUAUGGUGUGAGACACUUGCUGAUUUGGACAAGUCCAUGA